GACUCGGUGACGAUGAUCAUCAACCGAGAGAACGCUCCAGAGGACGAGAGGAUCAAGCGUGUCAUCGGCGCCGAGCACGUGUGCAUGAGGUGCGUCGACUGGGUGCUCGUGCAUUGCCCUGGCAUCGACUGCGACACCAUCGUCAGCGAGCGGAGGGAGGACGAGAACCUUGCUUCGUUCGUGGACGCUGAGGUUGACAAGAAGCGGACUGAUGAGGAGCUGCAGUCGCUGCCCGCGUUAGAGGCGUCUGAUGGUGAGGGUAUUGCGGCUGAGAUGUACAUCAAGCAGUGUGGUUUGACGUGGCACCAAUUCUGCGGCGAGUAUGGCAAGACACCGAAGCAGCUACAGGUAAACCCGUUCAAGGUGCCGACCAAGAGCGACGUAGUCUACCUCUGCGAGCGCACCGAUGAGUUCAAGAAGAAGUACCCGACAGUAAAAACAUCCCUGCUCAAGUCGACUGAGAUUUCAUCGAUAAGGUCCACGACGCUGGUUGGUGACAAACAAAACGACAUCUUGAUGAAGAUGGCUGGCGAGGGCACGUGCUCGAAGGAUGACAGGACUGAGCCCGCCCGCGUGCUCCUGAAGGACUUCGCAGUUACCUCUCAUGCGGUGCUUUUGGAGCGGGCCGCGAAGCUUGUGCAGAGGGCUGAGCAGAGGUCUAGCGCCAAGCGCAAGGCUUCAGAUGCGCCUGCCAGUGGCGGCGACGCCGCUCAAGAGAUCAUCGAGGUGGACGCGGAGGGCGUUGAUGGCGCACCAGUGGCGCCAGGCGCCAGCCAGGAGGAUGAUGCGAUGGCCGAGUUCGACCCUGACAACGACCCCGAGCACACUGGCCCUCGCACGCCGACGUCCUCCAAGAAGGCGAAGGUCGAAGACAAAGGCAUGCCGAUGGGAAGUUCUGAGGUGACGCGGCCUGGAGUCAUCGAGGCCCCGAGGGAGCCUAUCGUGGAGAAGAACCCGUUCCAGGCGAAGCAGGCCGAGUACUGGAUCCACGAGUGCAACUUCCAGCUCGCUUUCGACGGCCACAAGAUGGGCACUCCAUUUUCGCAGGCUGAGUUGCACAUGCCUAAGGUCAGCCUUGCGGACAGGAACAACCUGAAGACCAGACUGGAUCGAUGCAAACUGGCAGUGGAAAUGGGUGUAAACAAUUGCCGCGGACUGGAUGAUGAGACGCUCCAGUCUCAUUGGAAGGAGUUGCAGAAAGCAGGAGCUCAGUUGACGCUCAAAGCGUGGAUCCCCCUUGCACAGCGCAGCGCUGCUGCGGCUUGGUCUAAGAUCGACGCGGGAUCGCCUGGCGAUGUCCAUGGUCAAUGCUCUGAGCUCUUUUCUUACAUCAGCUUGUGGACUAGCGAUGCCGCGAAGGAGAUGGAUGUCACGAAGGUCGAUUUGGCGAGGCUCCCUUUAACAGAUCGUGCUUUGGCCUGUGCUUUCUGCGACAUGGCAUUCAAAGAUCAAGUGGCGAAGUGGUUCCAGGCUGGAGAGGAGAAGAAGGAGUGCAUCUUGGAGUUCGCGAAAGCCGCCCGCGAGAAGUGGGAUGACAUAGCAGAGACCGCAGACUUGGGCACAGCCUGUGCAUACACGUACACUCAGGCAUGCUGCGUAGUGGAAGCCAUCCAGGUCCUCGCUGGCGAUUAUUGGAUCAUGUUUGACUUCGGGCCCGAUGUUUGGGGGGCCAUCGGGGCGAUCGGCAGAGCUGCAGCGAGGAACGAGUCUGACCCAGGGCCGUUUCAGAUGGUUGGCCAGGCGGUCGGCACGAACGAUUGGUGGAAACAUCCGAAGAACACCUGGCUGAAGCGGAUCCCGAAGAUCAGGCAGUGCGGCAAGUACAUGCGGCAGGUUUACACCAGCUUGAAGGCUACAGAGGCGGAGCCGACAGCAGAGUUCGCGAGGUGGUUGACUGGCAUUUGUGACCAGACGCUGCACUGGGAGGCAGCCGCAUCCUUUUGGGAAGAGUUCACCUUUGACGUCAGAGAGCUUAUCCUGUCGCUCGCUUCGAAAGCUACUGAGACAUUGCUGAGGACGAUGGGCGAUACUACGAGUCAGCCAAUUGCAAAUGUCUUGAAUGUUGUCUCUCAGUUCCAGGCCCUCUACAAGCAGCUGCACAUCCUGUUCCCGUCGAAGGACUCAGUCGUACGUGAAGCUGCGGCUUUGGAUCAGGCAACCAAGCCGAUCGACAUCACUGCAAAGGUCGAGGAGUUCAGUCGCAACCUCGAGACGCUGGACUACAGGGCAUCAGACUCGCAUCAUCAGCUCGCGGGGGCGGCAGCGGCUUGCAAUGGCAAAGACAUGCCAGAUGAUAUCCAUGCCUUCUGCCAUCAGAAGGCGGUCUACUUUCACGAGCUUCUCAUCGACAACCCUGCUGGCGAUAGCCUCGCUGAUGCGGACACCUUCCUGACCCACGCGCCCGACGACAUCUUCGGCAUAUUGAACGUCUUAGGAGACGCUUGCCCAGAGGAUUCGAAAGAUCAGAUCAUGAAGACUACCACUCUCUUGAGAAAAGUCCUCGGCGUCAAGUCUGCUGUGUCCACGGUCCUGGCCGCGAUGGAGGCAAUGGUGGCAGCCAAGGCCUGCAAGCACUACCACAACGAUCAGACCCGCUUAAUGGAGAUGAGCAACGGUAGUAUCAACGACGCCAAAGAAGUGAUCAUGGAGAAGGGCGGGGUCCGCAAGUCCGCCAUGCAACACUCGCUGGACUCGGACCUCCAGGCGCUGAACACGGACAUCGAGAACCAUGAGUCCAUCCAGAUGUUCUGCGCUCAGCUCCCCAAGGCUACGGACAUCGCUGAGAUUGCUGAGCUCUUUGACAAGACGGUGACGGGCCUCGACGUGAAAAGCUUUCAGAAGAGGGCUUCUGCGGUGACGGGAGUUCUCAAGCAGAUGUCGGACAUGACCGACAAGUACUGCCUCAAGCACGACACCAACUACGACAAAACUGUGCUGAAUGAUGUUGCUGGUGUUCGGAUCCUCACUUGCACGAUUCGCAUGUGCUCGACCUUCGCCGACAAAGAUGCGAUGAAAGAUAAGGUCAGAAUGCAAUCGGCGGCGAAACAGAUCAGCAACGACAUGAUGAAAUGGAGCCUCAAGCCGACCGGGUUCAAUGCGGCCCUCGUGGAGAGGCAGAAGAUGGCGCUCAAGUACCGCUGA